GCAUCGAGGCAGAUUUGGGCUCCAUGUAAAGAAAAGCUUCCUAACAAUCAGCUGUCCUCAAUAUGGAAUCGACUGCCUCUGAAGGUGUGCCCAUGCUGUCUGUCCACCCCAAGGGGAAACAGAAAGGUUGUGCUGGCUGUAACCGGAAGAUCAAGGACCGCUAUCUCUUGAAGGCCCUGGACAAGUAUUGGCAUGAGGACUGUCUCAAGUGCGCCUGCUGUGACUGCCGGCUGGGAGAGGUGGGCUCCACACUCUACACCAAGGCCAACCUCAUUCUGUGCCGCCGUGACUACCUGAGGCUCUUUGGCACCACGGGGAAUUGCGCUGCCUGCAGCAAGCUGAUCCCGGCCUUCGAGAUGGUGAUGCGGGCCCGGGACAACGUCUACCAUUUGGACUGCUUUGCCUGCCAGCUCUGCAACCAGAGAUUUUGCGUGGGAGACAAAUUUUUCCUGAAAAACAACAUGAUCUUGUGUCAGAUGGACUAUGAGGAGGGGCAGCUGAAUGGAAGUUUUGAAUCACAGGCUCAGUAACCCCAUCCCUUCACCUCUCUGGGGGCCCCGGGCCACACCCAGAUGGGCAGCUCACCAGCCCGCUCUAGCUGCAGCGAGGCGGGCGGCCAUUGGCCUGGCUUGGCCUGCCCAUGAUCUUUUUUAAAUUCUCCAUCCACAGAGGGACCCCACUCCACGGUCCCAUGCCAUCCCCACCCGGCACCAAGCAGUUACAGGUGUAGAUGUGCGGUUGUGCCCGUGUUCCUGAGCACCGCCUUGCCUUUCCCCCCCUCACCUACCUAGCCUGUGUGUGAGUCUCCGGGGGCCAGGCAGGGCCUGUACAGCCUGUCUUCUGUAUAUAAACUGGAACAUUUAUUUUAUGAGAAAUGUAAUGCAAUUUU